CACAGGCCAUGAAUCAGACAGUCUUCCUCGUUUCUGUGGAGGCAUAGAGAGAAAGAGAGAAGAAAGAAGAAUGAGAGAGACUGCAAGAGCCAUGCUCUCUCCUCCCCUUCUCCCUGUCAGGCACCUUGCAGCUCCCUGUCCGGUCUGCCACGACACUGACAGAUUCCUGGGCUGGACCGCCUUUGAUAAGCAUCCUAUGGUAUUUUGUUCAAGAUGGCGGUGGCGAGCAUGGAAAAGGACGCGAUAAACACCGAAGAUGAUCUUCACCUCAAUAAUUCGUUUGGAGAUUCUGGGCUUAUCUCUCCUGAUAAAGAAGACAUCUCUCGUAUUCUGACAGUUCCUUUCAGUGGACGGAUCAGAGGUGGGAUGAGGCCUGGAAAGAAAAUCAUUAUAAUGGGCAUCAUUGAUCCAGAGCCAGACAGCUUUGACAUCAGUUUGACUUGUGGCCACAGUGAGGAGAAAGAUGAUGAAGAGCUCACUGAUGUGGCCCUUAAACUCAGCGCACGAUUCACCGAAAGGCAGUUCCUGAGGAAUGCAUGCCUUUCUGGGAAGUGGAGUGAGGAAGAGGCACCCAUAUCUUACUUCCCCUUCAUCCCGGACCAGCCUUUUAGGAUUGAGAUCCAUUGUGAGCACCAGCGUUUUAGGAUCUUUGUGGAUGGACACCAGCUGUUUGACUUUUAUCACAAAGUAAAGUCUUUGCCGGCCAUUAAUAUGAUCCGGAUAGUUGGGAGUCUUCAGAUCACCAAGCUGGGCUAACCAAGCACACCUGAGCACAAGCCAGAAAGGACUUCUCACAGGUGACCAUCUGCACCUGUGCGUUUGCCGCAGCUCUCACAAAGACAUCAACAACAUCUGCAUUUUCACUUCUCUUCUGCCCUCUAACCUAACAUCGUAAUGAUUUCUGAGUAUUGUAUCAUAACCUGUUGGUGAAUGGUUGCAAUAUCAGAUGUGUGUUUUCCAGCAUCUUUGCUUCAUACUGUAGCUUAUUUGUUAAGCUUCAAAAAAAAAUUCAGGGAUUGCACACUUUGAUAUGCACUCUGUGGCAGUAACAUACACCACUGGGAUUUAGCUGCUCUCCAUAGACACUGCUGAUGUACUUGUGCUUGUAGUCUAGCAGUGUAGUUUCAAAAUGAUCCAAAACUCAGGAAAUCAGAUAGUUAAUUUUACUUCAUUUCAUUCUGAUGACAAAUUUGCUUUAAAUUAUUAUUAGAUACUCUGAAAUGCGUUGGCUGCUAGAAUAUAGGAGCUCGGAUUCAGCAUUUGCCAUUACACUUUUGUUUGAUUUGCGUUAUUUAA